AUGGAGGCACUUAUCUGCAAGGAUCUGGGUGAUCCAGCAGCAUCAGUGGGUUCGCCUAUUGUGGUGAGUCGAAGCGAACCAAUUCCUCAGUUGGAAUCUCCUACAGCGGUGAGGGUGAGGGUGAAAGCCACGAGCUUGAACUAUGCCAAUUACCUCCAGAUUUUAGGCAAGUACCAAGAGAGGCCUCCCCUUCCCUUCAUCCCCGGCUCUGAUUACUCAGGCAUUGUUGAUGCUGUGGGAUCCCAGGUCUCCAAGUUCAGGGUGGGUGACCCUGUUUGUUCCUUCGUCUCCCUUGGCUCAUUUGCUCAGUUCAUCGUCGCCGACCAGUCCCAUCU